UUUUGCACUCUAGCCAAACACUCAUCGAGAGGAUAUAUACAAAUUCUCGACAAAAAACGAAACAGCUGACUCCGACCCCAAAUUGAAGCUUCGAGGAAGCAUAUCUGACUAUUCCACCCUCUCCAUAACAAGCAUAUUCUCUUCCAAAGAAGCUUAGACCCGAUCGCACCCACGCCAAUUCUCCUCAGGUAACAGAAAUCCCAUUUGCUUUCUUUCAUACGCGCUCUUGUGAUUUUCGGUUUCAGCUUUAUUUAUCGAAUUCAAUAUCUGAUCCCUAUGUACUCCAAUUGAUUGAUGAAAUUUCCACGUAAUGUAACUUUUCUUCAACAGAUCAUCUUUUUUGAUAGAAUUUUUAGGAUGUGUUUUAAUCCUUAUGUGCUCUGCAUCAAGUAAUUGAAGUAAGAUAAAUUCCUUACGAGCUAUACUGUGUGAUACACUGUUGCUUAAUUCAAGAAACAAUUUAAUUUUUGUGGAAGCCUUACGUGAUAGUGCACCGGUCAGUCCGCUAUGUUUAAACUGUGAAUUACUAAUCUUGAAUCCUUCAAUGGCAUGGAUCUGAGUAGUUGAAGCAAUCUACCUUAGCCUGACAAAAAGAAAAAGAAAUAGGAGAGUGAGGUGCAGAGAAAUGUUCUAACAAAAAUACCCUUCAUUUAAAAUUCACAAUGUAAGAUAGGGAGUCCAUUGAACUAUGAUUAUGUGAGUGUUAGUAGUACCAAUUCCAAAGCAUUAGCUUUCACAUGGUGUUGUUGUAGGGUUCUUUCCUUUUUGGUGCCUAACCAUGUAUUCUUACGUAGCCUAUCCCAGAUUGGUAUAGAGGCUGAGGAGGACAUUCUUCCUGUCAUACAAGCCUGUGCAUUUUAUCUAUCCAUUCCCCUGAGAAUGUGUGUAACACAUAUCUAUAUUCUGUACCACGUUGCAGGACAUGGGUUUCAUUGAAGAUGAUCUGUAACUGCCAGAUUGCUGUGGGUUUUUUUUCCUCAGGGAUGAACAUAUGAGCAUAAUCGCAUGUACUGAAGUCAAUCAUGAAGCGUUUUGUGUACAUCAAUGACGAUGAUUUAUCCCCUGAGCUUUACUGUGAUAACCGUAUAUCAAACAGAAAGUACACACUGUUAAAUUUUCUCCCCAAAAAUUUAUGGGAACAGUUCAGCCGGUUUAUGAACCAAUACUUUUUGUUGAUUGCCUGUCUCCAACUGUGGCCGCUUAUAACACCAGUAAAUCCUGCUAGUACAUGGGGGCCGCUCAUAUUUAUUUUCGCAGUCUCCGCUACGAAAGAGGCAUGGGAUGACUACAAUAGGUAUCUCUCUGACAAGAAAGCAAAUGAGAAAGAAGUAUGGGUUGUAAGGCAGGGAUCUAAGAAACUAAUUCAAGCUCAAGAAAUUCACGUUGGUAACCUAGUGUGGCUCCGUGAAAAUGAUGAAGUUCCAUGUGAUCUCAUUUUACUUGGUACCUCUGAGCCACAAGGAGUCUGCUAUGUGGAGACAGCUGCCCUAGAUGGUGAAACCGAUCUUAAGACAAGGAGCAUACCUCCUGCUUGCAUGGGUAUUGACUCUGACCUGUUGCACAAAAUCAAGGGUGUGAUUGAGUGCCCAAACCCAGAUAAGGACAUUAGAAGGUUUGAUGCAAAUGUGCGGCUAUUCCCUCCAUUUAUAGAUAAUGAUGUCUGCCCUCUAACCAUUAAAAAUACAAUCCUACAAUCGUGCUAUUUACGGAAUACAGACUGGGCUUGUGGUGUUGCUGUAUAUACAGGCAAUGAGACCAAGUUAGGCAUGAGUAGAGGUGUACCAGAACCGAAGCUUACUGCUAUGGAUGCGAUGAUUGACAAGUUGACUGGAGCUAUAUUCAUAUUUCAGAUUGUGGUGGUAAUUGUUCUAGGAAUUGCUGGGAAUAUUUGGAAGGAUACAGAAGCAAGAAAGCAUUGGUAUGUUCUAUAUCCAGAUGAGGGUCCCUGGUAUGAACUACUGAUCAUUCCUCUGAGAUUUGAACUUCUUUGUUCUAUCAUGAUACCCAUAUCCAUAAAGGUAUCGUUAGAUCUGGUUAAAAGCUUGUAUGCAAAGUUCAUUGAUUGGGAUAAUCAGAUGGUUGACCUAGAGACUGGCACUUCAGCAAAUGCAACAAACACAGCAAUAAGUGAAGACCUGGGGCAAGUUGAGUACAUACUGACAGAUAAAACAGGGACACUUACAGAAAAUAAGAUGAUUUUUAAAAGAUGUUGCAUAUCGGGGACAUUCUUUGGUAAUGAGAAUGGAGAUGCUGUAAAAGAUGUGGAGCUGCUCAAUGCCAUCACUACCGGUUCUCCAGAUGCUAUUAGAUUUCUGACAGUUAUGGCAAUAUGUAACACUGUCAUUCCUAUUAAAAGUCCAAGUGGCAUAGUCUCGUAUAAGGCACAGUCUCAGGAUGAGGAAGCUCUAGUGCGUGCAGCUGCUUCCUUGCAUAUGAUUUUUGUUAACAAGAAUUCUAAUAUACUUGAAAUCAACUUUAAUGGUUCAUUAAUUCAGUAUGAGGUGCUGGACUACCUGGAGUUUACCUCUGAUAGGAAAAGAAUGUCAGUGGUUGUUAGAGAUUGUAGUAGCGGGAAAAUCAUCCUUUUGUCCAAAGGAGCAGAUGAAGCUAUUCUUCCUUGUGCAUAUGCUGGUACGCUUCACUAUCUUUUAGUCGCUUCUUUUAUGGUAUGACAAAGUGUUUCAGAAGCAUAAUAUAUUAUAGACGAGAAACAGAUAUAUAUAUAUACAAAUAUAUAUAUAGGUUACAAGAUGGGCCUGUUACUAAGACAUGAACCUAAGUAGCAUAUGUCAGACUCUUUACCUACUGCUACAAUAAAGCCAAUCUUCCUCCAUUUGAAGCAUAAAUGUCAAUCUUGGUAGGCUUGCCACAAAAGAAUUUGAGCAACCCACAAAUGUGGUUGCCCGAGCAUCUGCAAGCCAAGUGAACAAAUGACAAAUUUGGAUCUCUCCGAGUAUGAACCAAAUUCUCACACACAAGUGACACUCUUUCCCAAUGUGUCCUUUGUGCUCCAUACAUGAUUCUUGGGGAAUUGCAUGGUUAUUUUGGUUGUAAUCAUACAUCUCUAUCAAGCCAUAGGUGAUAUCAUUAAUUUGCCUACCAGAAGAUGAACCAAGUUCAACUCACAAACAUACGUGAUAUAGCCCGUACUGUGAUAAAACACUAGACACAAUCAUGUAUAUCUAUUUCUUGCUCUUUGU